CCGCCUGUGUCCAAAUAAAAACAGGAAGUGAGACAUAUUGAUGAUGCUUCUUGUUGUGUUCGGAGUCUCGCGGACAUCUCCGUGCGGUCGGGCUUCUGCGCGUGAGCAUAUUUAUUUUUGCGUGUUUAAGUUUCUCUAAUACGGGUGUGAAGGAUCGGGGUGUUGGGCUCCAGGCUCCAUCGGUUCCGAAACACUUCCGCCUCGUUCCCUGUCCCUUGCUUGGGCAAUGAAGGACACGUGACCCGCGGCAUUCUACUUGGUUUACUGUUGCCCAGAAGCAUCGGGCUGCACCAAAGAGGAAAUAUAUAAUCUGCGCGCUUCUCUACCACUUUUGGCUUUCUGGGGGGUAAUUACUCCGUCUCAGGAUUGCUAAAGCUGUAAUCCUGAAGGAAGUACUCAAGGAAAAUGACUCACUGGUUUCAUCGAAACCCUUUAAAGGCUACAGCUCCUGUCUCAUUCAAUUACUAUGGGGUGGUCACCACUCCUGCUGCAACCAAGAUAUGCAAUGAUUUGAGGUUAUCAAGAACACAACUCAUGGAGCUUUUUACAGAUUUGAGUUGUACUCCAGAUAUGAUGAAAAAUUCAACUGAAACUUAUUUUUCACUCUUGAAAGGGUUCAUCAUUUCACUGGAUGACUCUUCGCAAGACAGCAAGUUGAGAUACAUUCAGAAUUUUAAGUGGACAGAUACCUUACAAGGGCAAAUACCAAGUGCCCAGCAAGAUGCUGUAUUUGAGCUUGUUUCCAUAGGAUUUAAUGUGGCUUUGUGGUAUACUAAAUACGCAUCCAGGCUGGCUGGGAAAGAAGACAUAACAGAAGAUGAAGCAAAAGAUGUCCACCGAAGUUUGAAAAUGGCAGCUGGGAUUUUUAAACACUUAAAGGAAAGCUACAUCCCUAAAUUGAUCACUCCAGUAGAAAAGGGGCGAGAUUUAGAAGCCCGACUUAUAGAUUCCUACAUCAUCCAGUGCCAAGCUGAAGCACAAGAAGUGACAAUUGCCCGAGCUAUUGAGUUGAAACACAAUCCUGGUCUAAUAGCUGCUCUGGCCUAUGAAACAGCCAAUUUCUACCAAAAAGCAGAUCAAACACUGUCAAGUCUGGAUCCAGCAUACACAAUUAAGUGGCGAAAAUACCUUCAUUUGAAGUUCUGUUUCUAUAUGGCCUAUGCUUACUGCUACCAUGGUCAAACUCUCCUGGCUGCUGAUAAAUGUGGAGAAGCAAUAAGAUCUCUGCAAGAAGCAGAAAAAUUUUUUUCCAAGGCGGAAGCGUUGUGCAAAGAAUAUGGUGAAACCAAAGGGCCUGGAACUACAGCUAAGCCUUCAGGCCAUCUGUUUUUCAGAAAACUAGGAACCCAAGUGAAAAAUACCUUGGAAAAAUGCCAGCGAGAAAAUGGAUUCAUUUAUUUCCAGAAGAUCCCCCCAGAGGCUCCUCAGUUGGAGCUAAAGGCUAACUAUGGUCUGGUUGAGCCUAUUCCAUUUGAGUUCCCUGCUGUGCAUGCACACUGGACACCAGAAUCCCUUGCUGCAUUUGAUCUCACCAAAAGGCCAAAGGAGGACAGUGCUAAACCGAAGCCAGAAGAGGAAGUGAAACCUGUGAAAGAGCCCGAUAUAAAACCUCAAAAAGACACUGGUUGCCAGAUUUCUUAAACUCUAUAAGUGCAUUGAACAGCCUUGUGAGCUGCUGCAUUUUGCAAACUCUGGGGUUUCACUGUUUACCCCCUUUGCUGAUUUAUUUUGAUUCUUUCAUCCUAAAACAGAGUUCACUACUUUUGAUGUUUUGUAACUGUUAUUCUGGAUUGAGUUUAUGUAGCUUCAUUUCAAAAGGCUAUUGGAAAUGAUCAGAUUAAAACUAGAUGGCAGAUAUUGCUUUAAUUCUUUGUGGGUGAGUUAGAAGUCUAAACAAGAGGAAAGUAUAAGGAAGUCUUGGAAGAUAAUGUAUAAAAACAGAACUGGCUAAAAUGCUUAAGGCAAAGGCACCAGAGAUAUACUUCAAAAACAUAGAGAACUAAGCUGUGAAGCUAAUGAAUGAUGUAAAGAAACUAUAUCAAAAGAGAA